AGACUUCUUGGUCAAGCCAAAAAGAUUGCCGGCAGAAUGCUCCUACCCCACCAUGCCUGGCCCUUUACCUUACCUUAAGAAGAGAAGAGGGGGUAUGAAGCGUGGGAAACAAUGCAAGAAGUGUAUGAUAAACAGGUAACCUUAAGGAGUGGCGGCAAAGCUCUUGAUUGAUCAACGCGAGUGAACUGUGCUUAGACGCUUCGUAAAACCGCACCGAUCUACGAGAGGAGCUGAUGGAUGAGUAGGCUUCCCCUUUCGAUUUACGGAAUGUGUGUGAUCUGGGACACGAUGGGGGUUUGCGUGCCUCGGUAGGAAAGAGAUCACCGGAGUAUAGCACAAGAUCGCCUUUUUUUCUUGCUGCCAUGGGGUCGACCUGUAAACAAGGUAAACCCAAUGGGAACCAAAAAAGGGAGGGUACCACAUUGACAUUGGGCAGAAGACGAUCCAAAAAGCGAAGGCUCACCCCCUUCUCACUUAAAGGGAAGGCGAUCGGCAGUGAGGGAUGCUUACCUUCUUCUUAGAGAGAGGGGAAAGGGGCAACCUAUCUUACUAAUAAUAAGAAAGGGGGUGGCAUCGACUGGGUUUUUAAACCCAGUUGGUGUAAGUAAGGGAUGAAUCACCCCUUGCGGUCGGAUUGCCAGAAAGGGUGCCGACUGUCCAUGAGGCGAACAAUCGGUAGCGAGAUACAGAUCCGGAGAGAUCUGGGUCUUCUAUCUCAACAUUUGGUUGUUUAACCUCACUCCACGACGCAUGGAGUCCCAUUUGUUUGGUUUGGUUAACUAGGUGCCCCCCCACGACUGAUGCGACAUUCAGUCGUUUAGGCGAGUUUUGGUGUUUAUUAAGAUACACCAGUUUGUCAAAUGAAUCCGGUUGGAUUCGCAAAUGCCUUAUACUUUAGUAUUGACAUUUGAGGGCGGUGAUCUGGUCCCAGUGGAGGUUAGUCCAAUGACUGACUUCUGCAUCAGGUACCCAAACCUGAUAAGGAAAGACAUGAGAAUUCUUCCAGGUAUUUGUUUGACAAACUGUUGUAUCUUAAGACCAUCAAAUGGCACAAGAUUUUUGAAAAUCUUGGGCUAUUAGUAUCUAUCAAAAGAUAAUACUAAUAAUAGCUACCGGCGGUCUGACCAAGGAACUCUGUAUAGGAGCAUACCUCGUUGCCAAACAGGUAAUUCAGUUAAACCGACGAUCUAGCCCUCUGUUUACUGCUUUCUAAGAAAAACAAACAGCAACUUGCUGUAAGCAAGCGUAUGCAGGGGUCAGUAAGUCGCACAGUUUAUUACCUGUGCCAGUGUCUCUGACGAGGUCAGGAUACCAUUAUACCUUCCUUCCAUCACAAAAUGAUUAUGAAGAAGGAUCUGAAGGCCGACUUAUGUAUGGGUUCAUAUAUCUCUUUAGUCUUUGUCGGGCUCUUCGCCUGGCGAAACGGAUUGACAGAUCGAUAUUGAAAUCGAUAGUCACCCCUUCCACCGGUCUGCCAAGACAGUCUCAAUUAAGAAAUGAUAUUGUCGCUUUAUCUAAAGACCUGAUCCUAAGGUACUUUCCUAGUUUUCUCUCAACUCCCUUGUGUCAAGGGGUACGUUGGGAGCCUGGAAAGCGAGACCUUCGUGGAGGCCGUAAAGGUGAAAAGACGCGUGGAGGAAUAUUCUACCCUACCAUCUGCGUCAUGAAAUCGUUUGGUUUGUACAUCAAUAGCCAUUGUGACUAUGAUGCAGGGUUUCCUCUAAGGUCCCCUUUAUCCGAGACCCUUCUAACCAAAAGAAUGAAGAGAUAUCUCCAUAGUCUACAGAGACCGCUGAGAGUACCAUCAACUCUCUUUCGGGUCUAGACACUUCGGUGAGUCUAUUGACUCAGGCUCCCCUGGUAGACUAUCGCAAUCUACCGAGGCUGGCGCUGGUAAGAGACGGAUAUUCGCCAUAGGUAACUUUGUGAAUCAAAGGGUAUUGAAGCCUCUUCAUGAUUUCCUCAUCGCUUCGGUCUAUUCCAAUGGAUGGAACUUUGAAUCAGCUCCGACCGUUCGUUGGAUAGAUGAAAAGGUUUCAGUAAGGUUUAUUCUUUUGACUUGAAGUCUGCCACCGAUAGGUGGCCCCUAAGUCUGAAGACUAACCUUAUUAGAACUUUCUUUGGUAAGUCUGUUGGAGAUUGUUUAGAUGCAAUCUUCAGCAGAUCUAUCUUUGAAGUACCUUUCUUCGCUCAGUUCGAGGUGUCGUAUUCUUUAGAGUAGGACAACCUCUUGGCUUUCUGUCUUCUUGGCCUCUCUUCACUUUAACACAUCACUUAGUGAUGUUUUAUUGUGCAGAAAAGGUGUACCCAGGACAGCGCUUUACUAGGUAUGCCAUUCUUGGAGACGAUGUUUGUAUCGCCGACGAGAAUGUGGCCUGGCCUCUCUUCUUUAUCGCCAGACAGUAAAUGAUCUAGGUCUCGCAAUAAGAAAAGAAAGGGGGUGAGAUAGGCGACAGGUAGCUUGUCGCGGCCCGCAUGUGAUAAUAGUAAGGGAGGAAUCAAGAGAUCUUUGCCGGUGCUGACUUGGAUCUCGGGUGACGGAAUAAGGCGCCCAGAAGCGACGAGCAGUCGCGGUCGAAGCUUGGCUCUAGGCGAUAGGCUAGCUGUAAGCUUGGCUACAGCGAAGCGCUUACCAAGUGCGAAGGAUUCGUUCCUCUCCCAGCGGAUGCGCGUCGUUAGCCUUUCUCUAAAGUAGGCUUUCGCGCCCCCUUCCUUUACGUUGUUGGCCGAGCGUCUUCAAACCUUCGCCACUUGAGCCGUAUGCGGGGGAACUCGCACGUGCGGUUCUUAGGGGGGAGAGCUAGUGGGAACCAUCCUAUCCCAAUAGCGUAUAUUUGGAGCUCAAUAUGAAAUCAUCUUUUCUUGCAAGACCCGUUCGGAUAAGGGAAAACUCCAGAGAUUGCUUCGAAGUAAGAUCCUUGCGUUGACCCUCUCCUGAACCUGGGGGGAGGGGUUGAGAGGAAAAGGGGAUCCAAAUUUCCCAUCAAUAAAGUGAGGGCUUUCCUUUUUUUUUUUAGUGCCUUCCCCACCCCUCUUUCCUUACCCUCUCACUCCCCCUUUUUCAAGAAAAAAGCCCCGCUCCCUAAGAAGGGGCCCCUCUCUGAUAAGGAAGGAAACGAAAGAUUCUCCAUUUUAUGACAAAUCCGGUCCGAUGGCUGUUCUCCACCAACCACAAGGAUAUAGGGACUCUAUAUCUCAUCUUCGGUGCCAUUGCUGGAGUGAUGGGCACAUGCUUCUCAGUAUUGAUUCGUAUGGAAUUAGCACGACCCGGCGAUCAAAUUCUUGGUGGGAAUCAUCAACUUUAUAAUGUUUUAAUAACGGCUCACGCUUUUUUAAUGAUCUUUUUUAUGGUUAUGCCGGCGAUGAUAGGUGGAUCUGGUAAUUGGUCUGUUCCGAUUCUGAUAGGUGCACCUGACAUGGCAUUUCCACGAUUAAAUAAUAUUUCAUUCUGGUUGUUGCCACCAAGUCUCUUGCUCCUAUUAAGCUCAGCCUUAGUAGAAGUGGGUAGCGGCACUGGGUGGACGGUCUAUCCGCCCUUAAGUGGUAUUACCAGCCAUUCUGGAGGAGCAGUUGAUUCAGCAAUUUCUAGUCUUCAUCUAUCUGGUGUUUCAUCCAUUUUAGGUUCUAUAAAUUUUAUAACAACUAUCUCCAACAUGCGUGGACCUGGAAUGACUAUGCAUAGAUCACCCCUAUUUGUGUGGUCCGUUCCAGUAACAGCAUUCCCACUCUUAUUAUCACUUCCGGUACUGGCAGGGGCUAUUACAAUGUUAUUAACCGAUCGAAACUUUAAUACAACCUUUUCUGAUCCCGCAGGAGGGGGGGACCCCAUAUUAUACCAGCAUCUCUUUCGGUUCUUCGGUCAUCCAGAGGUGUAUAUUCCCAUUCUGCCUGGAUCCGGUAUCAUAAGUCAUAUCGUUUCGACUUUUUCGGGAAAACCGGUCUUCGGGUAUCUAGGCAUGGUUUAUGCCAUGAUCAGUAUAGGUGUUCUUGGAUUUCUUGUUUGGGCUCAUCAUAUGUUUACUGUGGGCUUAGACGUUGAUACCCGUGCCUACUUCACCGCAGCUACCAUGAUCAUAGCUGUCCCCACAGGAAUCAAAAUCUUUAGUUGGAUCGCUACCAUGUGGGGGGGCUCGAUACAAUACAAAACACCCAUGUUAUUUGCUGUAGGGUUCAUCUUUUUAUUCACCAUAGGAGGACUCACUGGAAUAGUCCCGGCUAAUUCUGGGCUAGACAUUGCUCUACAUGAUACUUAUUAUGUGGUAGCACAUUUCCAUUAUGUACUUUCUAUGGGAGCCGUUUUUGCUUUAUUUGCAGGAUUUCACUAUUGGGUGGGUAAAAUCUUUGGUCGGACAUACCCUGAAACUUUAGGUCAAAUCCAUUUUUGGAUCACUUUUUUCGGGGUGAAUCUGACCCUCUUUCCCAUGCAUUUCUUAGGGCUUUCGGGUAUGCCACGUCGCAUUCCAGAUUAUCCAGAUGCUUACGCUGGAUGGAAUGCCCUUAGUAGUUUUGGCUCUUAUAUAUCCGUAGUUGGGAUUCGUCGUUUCUUCGUGGUCGUAACAAUCACUUCAAGCAGUGGAAAUAACAUAACAAAGGCGAACAUUCCUUGGGCUGUUGAACAAAAUUCAACCACACUGGAAUGGCUGGUACAAAGUCCUCCAGCUUUUCAUACUUUUGGAGAACUUCCAGCUAUCAAGGAGACGAAAAGCUAUGUGAAGUAAAAGAAGAAAAGGUCGCCGACUGCUACUAAGAACCUAACAGAACUUUUCCAAAUUUGGGUUCCAACGAAGAAGAGUUGAGGACCAACUUCGACCUAAUUUUAGAGUUAAGAAAGCAAGCUCAGUUCAGAAUGGCUACUUACCAACAGAGGAUAGCGAGGUACUACAAGGCCGGAGUGCCAUUUUGAAAUUGGAUCGAGCUGAGCCGGAGCAGCUCCUACUGACUAUGACUGGACAGCAGUGGACUCUUUCUCAAGACCCUGCCACCCAUCUUUGAUUUGAGGAAGCAACCAUCACUGAAGCAAUGGAUUUUGUAGCCAGCUCAACUCCAUUUAACAGGUUAGUAGCGAAGGGUAAGGCUUCAUUCCCGAGUGGACGAGAAGAAGGAGCAACCCCUAUUAAGUUAAGGGAAGAGAAGAAAGGCUAUUUUACUAGACUAGCUACCGAGCUGACUCAAGGAAGCCGGAAAGAAAGGGCUUCAAGAGCAACAGAAACUCGAGCUGAGGAAUACGGAAGAGAGGCGGAUUCAACUCAAUCUUAGCCUAAGUUAAGUUCAGAGAAGAGAAUCAAAGGUCAACGGCCAAUGGAGGAUUUCUCCCUCCCCCGGAUUCAUCUUAAACCGACCGAUAUGCCGAGAUGACAUCCAGCACGAGAGCAAGAAAAGGAAAUGGUCUCCGUGCAGCUUCAAGUCACGCCACUCUCACCAAGAUAGAAUCAUGGUCACAUCUUUUGUAUAUCUAAACUUUUUAGAAGCGGAAUGCCAAUCGACACUGUAAUGGUAGCCAUCGGGAUUGAGUUCAGCUGCUUUUGACGAUACUGACGAAUGAGUAAACGGAAGAAUGAAUCAGAUGAGCUCCAGUCUGGACUCUCAUUGGUCAAACAGGCGCAACGAGCCAAGAUAUAAUAAAAGGGCACCGGAAGAGCAAGAAAAAGAGCUGUAUGAUAAUAGUCCUUAUCCUACCCACCCAAUUUAUUUAGUUUAUGGGAGUAGCAAGAACAGCUCAAUUUAAAAGCCGCGUACCAAAGAGCUCGAUCAGCUAUUCCAUUUUGAAGUCCGGUUGACGCCACUCGAUAGGAAGAAAAGAGCAGAAAGGUUUUUCGAAGGCUUCAAGCCCUGUUUCAGCUGAGAGCAUUGAUUCCCCUGGCACCUCUCUUCCACAGCUUGGCACGUUUCAAGAAGGUGCCUACACUAAAGUGUACAAAGUGGCAUAAAGUGAUUCUUUUCGGGUUCGGUCAGGAGGGACAAAAGAUAGAUGCUUUCUAUCAGUCAAAAGCGGAUACCGCCCCCCCCUCAUGCUCCCACGGUCCGCUUACCGAGGAAUAGAAAGGGAGGCUUAAGGUAAGGUAAGGGGCCAGAGCAAGUUGGGUUGGGGUAUAGAGCCGUAAGCGCGGUGGGGGGGUGACAGAGGACGCGCUCGUACGGUUCAAAGAAGGUUAUGAUCCAUUCGUUGAUUGUUGGGAACUUUAACUCCUCUAUAUUCGAAAUAUGCCUUUCUAGGAGCAUUACGAUCUGCAGCUCAAAUGGUCUCUUAUGAAGUCUCUAUUGGUCUUAUUCUUAUUGUGCGCCUUGUGAGCGCGUUUGGAUCCGCGAAGGCAAUCGCUCGGAUGUUCCCCUAACCCAACCCGGGAACGGACCGGAGGGAACCGCAGCAUGGGGAAUGUCCGCGUCUCGUCGCAAGGCUCAUUUUUCGUUUUUGGUCAUAGGACGGGCGGAUUUAUCUGAUCAAGGGCCGGGGCACAAGGGUCCUGGUACUAUCCAGGUGCGAAGAACCCCGGAGGUGACUGCAAUGAGCAGAAUUCUCACUCACCGGCCUAAACGACGAGCAAACACUCGAACGUGAGA